GCGGCUAGAGGGCGACACUGGGUGUUAGUCAAUGAUGGCUGUGGAUGCUGGACACAACUGUUCCUAAAUGUGAUGUUCUGCACGACUUGAAGCAAGAGCUGACAAUCUGCACUGAUACAGUGUACUGGGAGAUAAGGAUCCUGUUAGAUGGACUAGAUGGCUCCAAAAAGGAAGGCAGCCACCCAGGCAAAGGCUUCUGGGAAAAUCAAGAAGACCAAAGUAAAGGAGGAGGUUAAAGAGGAAGAGAUUGAGCAGCCAGUAAAGGCCACUGACCGGUUCCAGAGUGCAGUUCAGGCUCUGAAGGCGGCAUCAGGGAAGAAAGGGAAGGCCAAAGUUGAUUCUUGUUGUCACCUGAGCGGAUGUGGAGAUUAUGAGGUGUAUGAAGAUUAUGAUUGUAUGUUAAACCAAACGAACAUUGGAAGCAACAACAAUAAGUUUUAUGUUAUCCAACUAAUUACAAGCAAAAAAGAGUCUUAUUGUUGGAACCGCUGGGGCCGAGUGGGUGAGCUCGGACAGUCUAAGCUUUCCCCAUUCCCCAAUCUGGCUGGUGCACAGAAAGAUUUUGAGAAGAAGUUCAAGGACAAAACCAAGAACUCAUGGUCAGAAAGAGAGAAUUUCACUGCCCAUCCCGGGAAGUACACAAUGAUUGAGGUGCAACAUAAUGAUGAUGAUGACGAUGAAGGGUCGGGGGAGGCUACUGUCAAGGCAGACACAGUUGAUGGAACCGUCCAAAAGGUUAAGCCAUGUUCCCUUGACAAACCCACACAGGACCUAAUGAGUCUGAUCUUCAGCAGUGACAUGUUCAAGGAAGCCAUGCAGACAAUGAAUCUAGACAUUAAGAAGAUGCCGUUGGGGAAGCUGAGCAAGGCACAGAUAGCAAAGGGCUUUGAGGCUUUGGAUGAGCUGCAGGCAGCACUGGACAGAAAGGCGAACAAGGGGGUGCUGAGUGAUCUAUCCUCCCGAUUUUACACCAUCGUCCCACAUAAUUUUGGACGUAGAACACCUCCAGUUAUUGACACCGUGGAGGUUUUACAAGCCAAGAAGGAUAUGUUGCUGGUGCUGGCAGACAUAGAGCUAGCUCAGACCCUGCAGGCAGACAAGGUGAAGAAGGAGGAGGAGGAGGAAAAGGUACAAGAAGUUCCCCACCCUCUGGAUGUUGAUUAUGGGCUUCUCAAGUGCGACCUCAGUCUCCUGGAUACAAAGUCUGAGGAGUACAAGGUGAUAAAUACAUAUGUGAAAAAUACUGGCCCCUCAUACAGCCCACUGAAGAUCUUGAACGUGUGGUCCGUUAACAGAGAAAAAGAGGAGGAGAGAUUAAAUGCCCAUAAAGACAUUGAUAACCGCCGCCUGCUCUGGCAUGGUACUAACAUAGCGGUGGUAGUUGCUAUAUUAAAAAGUGGCCUUCGCAUUAUGCCGCAUUCAGGGGGUCGUGUUGGGAAAGGAAUCUACUUUGCCUCUGAGAACAGUAAAUCUGCUGGAUAUGUUGGUUGUACCUCUAAGAACCUUGGCAUCAUGUUUCUAAAUGAAGUGGCUUUAGGGAAGGAGCACCACAUCACAAUGGAUGAUUGCAGCUUGAAAUCCCCACCAAAGGGCUACGACAGUGUGGUGGCUCGUGGGUGCACCGAACCGGACCCUGCUAAGGACCGUGUUCUGGCUUUAGAUGGGCGGAAGAUAACUGUUCCACAAGGACCUCCUAUCAAGAUGGAAAAAUACAAUUGCACGUCGUUUAGUCAGAGCGAGUACUUGGUGUAUAAGGAGAGCCAGGCCCGUCUGCGCUACCUUCUGCUGCUCCAGUUCUAAAUCUUAUCUAAUUCUCGCCUUUUUGCUCCUUUGCAGCCACUGUAUAACCGUUAUAUAGAUUUGUAUUCUCAGAGGCACUUUAUCAUGCAUUGUACUCACAUGAAGAUACUAUUAAUAAUCAUAUUAAUAUUUGUGCUUUGAAAUUCUAUAACUUUAGGAGAAAUACAGUGCAUGUGAUAUACUUAUUACAGUACAGUUCUAAUAACCUUAGAUAUGGCCAGACCCCUUUAGAUACAAGGGAAGUGCUGUUUGGACCUUGUUAUAUAUUUGAACUAUAUAAAGGUUUUCAUGAGGUUAUUUUAAAUAGUUUUUUUUAUUGUUAAUAUUAUUUUUAUGGUCAUGAGACCAUUACUGUAAUAUGUAAGAGUAAAUCUAGAUUAUCCAAAACCUA